AUGGCGGCAUCCCCAGAUAGCAACAUGCCACCUGAUCAGUUCCUUCAACCAGACCUGAUCAGUCCCUUCGACCAGUUCCCUCGACCAGACUUGGCCAGUCCCCUCGACCAGACCCGAUCAGUCCCCCUCGACCAAGACCCGGCCAGACCCCUCGACCAGACCCGACCAGACCCGACCUGUCCCCUCGACAAGACCCUCGACCAGUCCCCCGACCAGUCCCCUCGACCAGACCCGACCAGUCCCCUCGACCAGAUUCUUGAACAGACUCGACCAGUCCCCUCGACCAGACCCAGACCAGUCCCCUCGACCAGACUCGACCAGACCCAACCAGCCCCCUCGACCAGACCCUCGACCAGACUCGAUCAGUCCCCUCGCCCAGACCCGACCAGCCCUCUCGACCAGACCCGACCAGUCCCCUCGACCAGACCCUCGAACAGACCCAACCAGUCCCCUCGACCUGACCCUCGACCAGAUCCCCGACCAGUCCCCUCGACCAGAUCCCCGACCAAUCCCCUUGACCAGACUCCUCGACCAGUCCCCGCGACCUGA